UACCUUCAUGGAUCUAAGGAAUUUGUCCAUGUACAAUGAUGAAUUCAACAAUGGCACCAAUGGAACAGACAUUGGACAGAAGACAGAAUACAAUUAUUAUGCCAUGCUACUUACUCUCCUUAUCUUUGUCAUUGUCUUUGGAAAUGUUUUGGUAUGCAUGGCUGUUUCCCGGGAAAAAGCUUUACAGACCACCACCAAUUACCUAAUAGUCAGCCUUGCCGUAGCUGACCUUUUGGUGGCUACCCUGGUGAUGCCUUGGGUUGUUUAUUUGGAGGUGGUUGGCGAGUGGCGGUUUAGUCGGAUCCACUGUGAUAUCUUUGUCACCCUUGAUGUUAUGAUGUGUACAGCAAGUAUCCUUAAUCUCUGUGCCAUCAGCAUUGACAGGUAUACAGCAGUGGCAAUGCCGAUGCUAUACAAUACUCGCUACAGUUCCAAACGAAGAGUGACUGUCAUGAUUACAGUGGUUUGGGUCCUGUCAUUUGCAAUCUCUUGCCCCCUCUUAUUUGGACUCAAUAACACAGCAUCCAAUGAGUGCCUCAUUGAAAACCCUGCAUUUGUCAUCUACUCCUCUGUUGUAUCCUUCUAUGUCCCCUUUAUUGUCACACUCCUGGUAUAUGUCCAGAUUUAUAUAGUUCUGCAAAAGCGAAGAAAGAGGGUAAACACCAAGCGCAACAGUCGUGGAGUGGAGACGAAUGCCAUCAAGGACAAAUGCACUCAUCCAGAAGAUGUGAAGCUGUGCGCUGUCUUUGUUAAAUCCAACGGGAGUUUCCCAGCUAAUAAAAAGAAAGUGGUAAUAACACAAGAGACUGGAAACCACCCAGAAGAAAUGGAGAUGGAAAUGAUGUCAAGUACAUCACCACCAGAAAAGACAAAACACAAAUCAGCUUCCCCAGACCACCAACAUCUGGCUGUGCCAGCAACAUCAAAUCAGUUAAACAGUACUAACCUUGCCUCUCCAGCAGGCAGCCCUUGCAAGGCUGAGAAGAAUGGGCACCCUACAGAUAGUGCAAAGCCUGCCAAGGCCUUUGAAAUUCAGUCAAUGCCCAAUGGAAAAACAAGGACAUCUCUAAAAACUAUGAGCAAAAGGAAACUUUCCCAGCAAAAAGAAAAGAAAGCCACACAGAUGUUAGCCAUUGUGCUUGGCGUCUUCAUAGUGUGCUGGUUUCCCUUCUUUAUAACCCAUAUCCUAAAUAUGCACUGCAACUGCAAGAUACCACCAGCUUUGUACAAUGCUUUCACAUGGCUUGGUUAUGUUAACAGUGCAGUUAAUCCUAUUAUUUACACCACAUUCAAUGUGGAAUUCCGAAAGGCCUUCAUAAAAAUACUGCACUGCUAGAACAGUUAACAGGCUGCUUCACAUGGAGAACAAAAGCAGAAAAUAACUGAAAAGGAAACAGAGCCCUGUGAAUUCUGGCCAGAAAAUCCCUUUUAUGGGAGGGGAACAUACAGUCACACUCAUGUGAACCUGUAUUAGCCAUGAUCU